UAAACAAUAUUUUAUAAAAUUACUCUUGAGAGUUGAGGUUGAGACUGAUCCCGCGCUAAUUCGAAGAGGCAACGAUGGAUCCAAUCAUCCUCUCUGACGAAGAAGACCCCUUAACGCCGUUCCCGCUCCGUUCAAAAAAAGCCCGAACCGAACCGGACCCGAACCGAACCGUUCUGGUCCUCGACGAUGAGCCGACCCCGCAGAAAUCCUCCACACCUUCUAUCGUUCCCGAGACUCCAAUGUCGGCGCUAUUCGAUUCCGAUAUCGCAAUCGUCAAAUGCACAAUGCCUUCCGUUAGGGUUUCCCCUAAUAAAUUCUCAGGGGUUAGUCAAAUGAUAUGUUUGGAAUCGGAUAAUGAGUCGGAAAAUUGUGGAAUGGGCAAACGGGAAGAGAAUGAACCGAGAGAUUCUAGACGGAUUUCGAAUUCAAUGGGGUCUGGAAGUUCUCCUGGUGUAUGCUUGGAAUCAGAUAACAUUUUAGGAAAUUGUGGAAUGGACAAACGGGUUGAGAAUGAACAGAGAGAUUCAAGAUGGGCUUCAACUUCAAUGGGGUAUGGGAGUUCUCCUCGCAUAUGUUUGGAGUCGGAUAACGAGUUAGAAAAUUGCAGAAUGGACAAACAGGAUGAGAAUGAACAAAGAGAUUCAAGGUGGACUUCAAAUUCAAUGGGGUAUGGAAGUUCUCCUCGUAUAUGUUUGGAAUCGGAUAACGAGUUGGAGAACUGUGGAAUGGGUAAACGGGAUGAGAAUGAACUGAGAGAUUCAAGAUGGACUUCAAAUUCAAUGGGGUCCGGAAGUUCUCCUCAUAUAUGUUUGGAAUCGGAUAAUGAGUUAGAGAAUUCUGGUAUGGGCAAACGGGAUGAGAAUGAACUGAGAGAUUCAAGAUGGAUUUCAAAUUCAAUGGGGUUUGAAAGUUCUCCUGAGAGGCACAUUUCAUGUGGAAAUGCUACUCAAACUGAAAUGCCUGGGGACAACCCUUCGAAUCCAGCCUCUUUACAAGUGGAGGAGAACGCCAAAAAUAUGAAAAAAUCCAAAGUUUCUGCAAAGAACACAACCAAAGCAGUGGGAAAAACAAAAAUGACAAAAGAAGAAAGAAGCCUCCUGAUGGAGGAAAAGAAACUACAGAAAGAACAAGAGAAGUUAAAAAAAGCUGCUCUGAAGGCUGAAGCUGCAGAACUAAAAAAAAUUGAAAAAGAAAAGCAAAAGUGGGAAAAAGGGAAGUUUGCAAUAAAAUCUAUUGUGGCUGAAAUUGAUGCAAAGGUAGUUGAAUCAGGUUCAAUUGGAGGACAUCUGCUUUCUAGGUUUGCUGAAAAAGGCCUUACAUACCAUAUUACAUCAAAUCCAAUCGCAGGAUCAAUUUUGUGGUCUAUGAAAGUUCCAGAACAUAUUUCACAGCUUUCUACUGAAAGAAUUGAGAUUCCAUAUGUCUUGCUUGUUUAUGAGGCUGACAAAUUUUGUAAUCUUGUCAUGAAUGAUUCUCUUUUUAAUCAACUCUCUAGAAUUCGAAAUCUUUAUCCAGCUUAUACAGUUUGUUACCUCACCAAUAGGUUAUUGGCUUACAUUAAUAAAAGGGAACAAGAAAAAUAUAAGAACCCUGAAAACAAUAGUUGUUGGAGACGUCCACCUGUCGAGGAGGUUCUGGCAAAACUAACGACUAAUCUCAACAAAGUACAUUCCAGGCAGUGUGUAGAUGAGGCUGAACUGGCCGAGCAUGUUGUUGGUUUGACCUGCAGCCUAGCAUCUUGUCAGUUUAGAAAGAAGUUAACCCGAUUAUCAGUAAAUGCAAAUGGAGCCCUUAUUCCAAAAGACUGUGUUGACCGGAAUUUGAUAAAGAAAUCUUUGUGGUUAAAAGCUUUGGUUGCUAUCCCCAAGGUACAGCCACGAUUUGCUAUUGCUAUUUGGAAGAAAUACCCAACCAUGAAGUCCCUGCUAAGUGUUUAUAUGGAUUCAAGUAAAUCGGAGCAUGAGAAGGAAUUUUUACUUAAAGACUUGAUGACAGAAGGCUUGCUUGGUGGUGACAGAAGGCUAGGUGAGGUUUGUUCAAAGAGAGUAUAUAGAAUUCUAAUGGCGCAAAGCGGAUGCAUUAGAACAGAUGAUGUGGAGAAUGGUGCUGAUUUCUUUGAACGUCAAUCAUGAAGUGCUUUGUCCUUGUAUGUAAUCUGUGUUUAAGAAAAGGUGUCUACAUGUGAAUACCCAAGGGUGUCAACCUUUUAGAUGUUUAAUAAAUUUUACGUUUUAUAAAUUAAAAUCUGUUAUAAAUAUUUUAUAUUAGUGAUAAAUCAUUUGAAUUUUUUUCAUGCCUAUUAAUGAAGUUAUAGUGGUGGU